AUGAAGUUCACAUUCCCCGGCAGCGCAUAUCUGGAGCGGUUCGAUCCUGGUCAUGCGGUUCAUUACGGUGUAGUGGUGAUGAUGACUGGAUUCACUGGAUUUGGAUUGUGCUUGAGUUCAGGGCACUUCGGAGAAAUGGCAGGAAUGGUAACAGCCUCGUUUUUCGGUGCAGUAUCAAUACUAUCGUUGGUAUUCAUUAUGGCUCAUCAUCAGAAUUCAACGCCACUCGAUUUCAAGGUACCGUUAGUACCGGUCGUACCUGCGCUGAGCCUUCUCAUCAACGCCCUCAUGAUGCUGCACCUUGCGCCGAUAACUUGGCUACGACUCGCAUUUUGGAUGGCUUUAGGACUGAGUAUCUACUUCAUCUACGGCAUACGUCAUUCUCGGGAGGAACUGAUGCCAUCGUCACCGGAAGCCCGUUUCUCGAAGAGCAGCACGUAUGAAUCCGUGGUGUCCGCCACGACUGCCGGCUCAGGAACCUGA